AGACUUUCAAUCAUGACAGGACGUGGUAAAGGAGGAAAAGGUCUUGGAAAAGGAGGCGCCAAACGCCAUCGUAAAGUGUUACGUGAUAACAUCCAAGGAAUCACUAAGCCCGCAAUUCGUCGGUUGGCACGCCGUGGAGGAGUGAAACGUAUCUCCGGUCUGAUCUAUGAGGAAACUUGUGGUGUAUUGAAAGUAUUUCUGGAAAACGUAAUUCGUGAUGCUGUUACAUACACCGAACAUGCAAAGAGGAAGACUGUCACCGCCAUGGAUGUCGUCUACACUUUAAAGCGUCAAGGCCGUACUCUUUACGGUUUUGGAGGUUAA